AUGAAUAUUCUCGCCCUGACGCCCCUGUUGGAGAGGUUUGAAGCUGAAUAUGGGACGCUUACAACAUUGGCGCUUUUCCUGGGUCCUCUAUCCACGAUUCCGGCGUUGAUUUAUACGUUUAUUGAGAGGGUUAUUCUCCGCAUGAAUACCACGGUGUUGGGUGCUAGUAUAUGGGUGUUUACGCUCCUGGCUAUGGAAGCUAUGAAGACGUAUAGGGCGAAUCCGCAUUUUCUCCUGGGGUCGUACAAAAUCCCAACGUGGACAACGCCUCUUGUUAUGGUGAUAUUCGUCUCGGUCCUGAUCCCGAACACUAGUUUCUUAGGGCAUAUGUGCGGGCUGGCGUUUGGAUAUGGAUGGGGUCUGGGGUAUCUGAAAUUCCUAGCACCGCCAGAGAAAAUCCUUCGAUGGAUAGAAGGGAAGCUUAACCUGCUGGGGAGACUGCCACAUUAUGUAUCCGUGGAUCAGAAGACAUAUGGCAGAUUCGGUGUUCUCCCCACAUCAUCACACGCGAGUGCGUCGGCGGCGGAGAAUGGAAUAGGGAUGGGGCUGUCCCGUCGCCUCGGCCAUCAUGGAAUAGCCAACGUCCCCCCAUAUGUCAUUGAAAGAUACCCUCACGCCUUUGUCUCCGUGGUCAAGAUCAGAGAAUUAGGCAAUGAAUAUGAAUAUACUAAUAUACAACCGCCGAGGAUUACCUUGUGCUUUAAGAGCUGGCGAUCUUACGGUGCAAGUGACCCAGGUGUUAGGCCGAGGCGAAGGCAACGCGCACCCAAGGCCUCAAUUAUAAUACCGACGCUCACGUACCGAUAUAACACUGUAAACACAGUAUGUGUACAUAUCUACUGGCUGAGCGGUCCCGAUGGCAGCGUCAAUGCCCAGCGGACGCUGGACAUCCACGAUCAGCUGUCCCAGUUCUUUGCGCAGGACCGGUACCGGAACAUCGUGGUCUUCUACGGCCUCCUGAAUGAGCCCACCCUGACUCCGUCGCAGAGUAAGCUCAUCUCCUGGACCCAGGCGGCGUACAAGAUCGUCCAUGAUAAUGGGGUGGGCGCCAUCCAGGUCUUCAGCGAGUCCAUGCGUGGUCUGUCGCCCUGGCAGGGCAAACUCACGGGCUACGGCGACUCGCUGGCCAUCGACGUCCACGAGUACACCAUCUUUGACGACGUCGUGGGGGAAUGGUCCCAGGCUGACACGGACUGUGCCGAGUCCCUGAAUGGCGUGAGUACCGGGUCCCGUUGGGAGGGGACCUUCUCUGGCUCCAGUUCCCCCCAUUGCCCGACCAAGGACCAGAGGAAGCGCAAGUACUAUCGGUUGUUCCAAUGGUUUUUUGCUCUACUCUCCGUGCAUACUGACCAUGCAGUUUUGAAUAACAAUACAGAGCAGGAGCCCCUAGAUAGCGAGGCUGAUAACGACGAAAAGAAUGACUCUGCAGCAAAUGGUAGGGACGGAAAUACUAUGUAUGACAGCGAAAAUGAUGAGGAGGAGGAUGUGAACGACUAUGACAAUAAUGGAUAUAUUUCUGAAGAGGAAGCAGAUGAGAGUGAAAGAGAUGAUGAGUCCAUGGAUGAGAACAGCCAAGCCAGCCAUGACACAGUUAUCGAUGCAACUAAAACAGCCGACGUGACGAUGAAGUUAGAGGAGACAGCACCACCAACUUAUCAAGACAUUUAG